AUGAUGGUCUUUUGGUUGCAGGUUGGUGCAGCAAUCUUUGGUUUAUACGCAGUAUGGAGGAUACAGUGGAAGUAUUGGACAGCUCGACGAAAUGAAACGUCCAAUUUCAAUGACGAGAAGAUAUCGACUAUUGCCAAUUCUCCAAGUAUCACUCCUCUAUCAGAUUUCGACUGGCGUACCACCGAGCCCCUCAAACUGCGACCUUUCAAACCAGUAUACCACAUGACAAUGGGUAUCCAAUCAUGUCCUCCAUCUGAACUCAUAGAAAUGGACCGGACAUACCUUGAUCGCCUCGCUGUCCGCACCAACGUGAUAAGAGAACACACCCCUAAAGUACUCCAAGCCCUCCCAUCAUCCCAUGCUGCGAUUGAGGAAUUUUACACGUACUUAACCGCCAACUACCUUCCUACCCGCUUUCCCACCAUCUACUCUCUUCAUCCUACAUCUCUUUUGAAUAAAGCGACAGGCCAUCAUAUUCCUCUCACUCCCUCCUCUCCUAUCGAAGCUCUCCGUACCUUAGGCACAGAUGUCGACACCGAUUUUCUCCUGCUGGUUCCCUCUCCCGACGGCGACGGUUAUAUCCUAGGAGGAUUCAUUACAUGCUUCCCAGCCGGAUUUGAUACUCAAACACUGCUUGGUAAGAAAAUAAGGGACAUUCAUAAACCCGUGCCAAAGUACAAGGAGAAGUUGGAGACGAGUAUGUAUCGAAGUUUCGAUCGAUUGGAAGUUGGGAAGAUUAUCAAGCGAGUCAACUGGUCGAUAACUACCCACUCGCGCUUAUUUGUACCGAGUGGAAAUCAUCUGUAUGAAGACGAAGAGGCGAAGGAAGAAGAGUUUGAUAUCAAAGAUGCAAACCUCCGCUGUGAACGUCAACUAGUACAUCGUCUUCCACAAACUAAAGCCUUGGUGUUCUCGUUCAAAACUUAUCUUACUCCAAUUACCCAAAUCAAAGAAGAAGGCUUGGGAGAGGAGCUGGCAGUGGCAAUUGAUGGUUUGAAAAGAGGAAAUGUACCGGAGAUACAUUACUACAAGAAAGGUGUCAUUUGGGGGGAGAAAGUCAAGGAGUAUCUGAGAAGUUAG